AUGCGGGACAGAACGGGUCUAGUCCUCUGUGCCCUUGCCCUACUGACGGGCUUCCUGAUGGUCUGCCUGGGAGCCUUCUUCAUUUCCUCAGGGUCCAUAUUCAAUUGUCGAGGGAAUCUGAUCCUGGCCUAUAUGCUUCUGCCACUGGGGUUUGUGAUCCUUCUGAGUGGAAUUUUCUGGAGCACCUACCGCCAGGCAAGGGAAAGCAAAGGGGUGUUCACCCACGUGCUCAGACAACACCUUAACCACAGGGCACUGCAUCUGGCCACCGUCAACAGGCCAGAUUUCUACCCUCCUGCGUACGAAGAGAGUCUUGACGCCGAGAAGCAGCCACGUCCAGCAGAGGGCAAGGCCUCGGAUGUUCCUCCACCUGUGUACAUGGAGGUGGGCCUUGAAAUCGAGGAUGCACCUGACGUCCACCCAGAGGCCCCACCUUCCUACGAGGAGUCUGUGGCCGGUGGGGCGGUGACAGCCACGCCAUUUGCAGGGUGCUGAGUGAGGAUGCUGAAGCAGGUGACACUCUCUAGUGCUUGGGAUGCAUCCUUGUGGGAUACAGCUGCUGGUAAAAACACAGGCACCAGACUAAGGGAGGAAAGGGUCACCAGUGAUGCCCAGAAGGCUCACCGAGGAGAUGCAGGAAACGACAGCAUUACGUUUCCAGAGACGUGCUGUGGUCUGCAAGGGCAGUAUGGUGUCCCGGAAGGGUGCAGUGGACAGCAAGCAACGUUUCAAAGGAUUCACACUAAUCCCAGUCCAGGUGGGCUUUUGGACUGUUUUUGGAGCUGGGCUCCAAGAGGCUUUUUAGCUCUCACUCAACCCCCUCCAGCACGUUAGCCCCCAACAAGGAGAACAUGAGCUACUCAUAGACAGCCACGAGGCUUCAGGUACCACAUCACCCAACAAUUGCAAGAGGAAAGUGUGCUAGACGAAGGGUCUUUUAUUUUUUUUUUAUUUUUUUUUAAUGUUUUAUUUAUUUCUAGGAGAGAGAGA